CUGAUUCUUCAUUGACAAUUUAGUCCGAAUCAGAGCUUUGCUUUAUACCGUGUGAGACGUGAAUUAAUAUUUGCAUGCUUGAACGGCACACAAAUUUGUAUACACUUCAAAUGCAGCAGCAUUCAAUAAAUAUUCUUAGCUUGAAAAAAUUGAAAACAAAAAAGUAUUUUGUUUCACCUGGCACUAUAAUAUCGUGUUGGUUUUAAAAGUACAGUCAAACUUGUCCAUAGUAUCCAGAACGUAAUAUAUAGUUUUUAUACGUUUGUACAAUUGAGUAUAGUUUCAGUCAUUCAAUAACAUGACGAAUCGAGACGAGACUCUGAAACUAGACUUGGAAUUGGAGUUAAACGACGAGGACAUUGUAGGUCCAAACGGGGAUUCUGGAAAUAACCAACUGCCUCAAUCCGAAGAAAUAUUACUGGAAAAUGAUGAUUCGGAUAACUUCAACAUUAUCAUUGGCUGUUUGGAAGAAACAGUUAUGGGCGAGACGUUCCAAAAUUUACAGUCGCAGUUUAUGGACAAAUAUUACAAGCAGUUCGAGGAAUCGGAGGAAAAUAAAUUGGAGUACACGCAGAUUUUUAACGAAUACGUCGACAAAAUUGAAAAAUACGUGGACAGUGAGCUGAAAAAAGUGUUACCUGAGUUUAACAUGCACUCAUUUUUGGACGAGUUAAAAACUCGUCAAACUGCAGAUGAAAGUGUUAUAGAACAAGAACUGAUGAAUAUUUUCCUGUCGUUUACCGACUUUUUGACCUUCAAAAGCAUGGUUUUGGAGUACAAGCGUGAACAGGAGGGUACUGCGCUGGAUUUCGGAGAUAUGUUGCUGGUGAAUGGACAACCGGCCACGCCUAGAUCCACUGGCCAGACUCUUGCUCAGAAACUUGGUCUCAACUUUGGACCCGUAUGUCAAGGUGCGCCUUUGGAACCUAGUGCAAGUAGUAAACCCAUCUCUUCUCCGUCAAGAGGCAGAAAAGAACCCGAGAAGCUAAAAGCCUCUUUGAGUUGUGACGGAGACCAAAUGGAUAUCGAGACUACGCCUGCUGUGCAAUACAUGGAUGGAUCGCCCAUUUUUUGACCCCUGAUAACUCCACUUCACUGGCCUCUGAAAGCGAAGAGAUCACUUGCAACUGAAACCAUUUCAACAAUUUAUACUGUUAUGUUUAAAAGAGUGUGAAUUAUAGUUUCCAUUUACA